AUGAGAGAAACUUUGGGAAGUAUAAACUUUAUAUUAAUAAUACUGUGUUUGCUUUAUAUUGUUGGAAUAAAUGGUAUGAAAUAUUCAAUAAAAACAUGUGAUUUUAGAAAGGAUGAAAUUGAAGAAUGUGUAAUUGAAGCAGAACCUUUAGAUGUUAUAUAUGUAAGAUGCCCUAAACAAGAAAAAAAGAAAAUGCUUUCUUUAAUAAAUGAUUGGGUUCCUAGUAUAAUUCCUAAUAAAUGCUUUCAUUUAGCACAUUUUACAGCUGAUAUGGCAAGAGAUAAAAAAUAUUUACAUCAUGGAUUUAAUAUAAAGGAAUUAGUAGGUGAAGGAAUAAUAGCUGCUCCAGGAGAUGACGUUAGUGUUUCACAAUUAAUAAUUCCUCCGUAUUCUUAUAAGAGUAAUUCUAUAUAUUGUGGAUGUGAAGUUCCUACUAAAUCUGGUAAAAAAAUAAAAACUGUACAUAUAAAGAUUCCUAAAAGUAAUGUAAUAGUCAAAGGUUGCGAUUUUACUUUUCUCGACACAAACAUAAAAACGGAUUCCUUUUUAACAAAUUUACAUAAUGGUACUAUUGAAAAAGGAAGUUCUUGUGAAAUAGAUCUAUUUCCUGGAGAGAUUGGAGGUAUAAAUUGUACCUCCUUUCCUUUAAAAGAAAAAAAACAUUUUAAAAAUUAUUCUUAUGAACCAAAAAAUUGUUUUAAACAAGUUUAUGUAAAAGGAGAAAAAAUAGAUAUUGAUGAAAUUCUUCCUACAACACUUAUUUAUCCAUUUGAUUUUCCUGAAAAGUCUUCUUAUGAGGGUAUUUAUCCUAGAUACAUUAGUAUACCUAAAGAUAACGAUGUAAAAAUCGAUUUAGAAUGUAUAUGCAUUCAUAAGAAAGGGAUAAACUCGAAAAUAGAAGGUAAAAUGAUUAUACAUGUUUUAGAUAAAAAACUUGUAGAUGAUUUUGCUAAGAAAGAAAAUGAUAACUUACAUAUUGAAGAAAUUGACAAAAUAGAGAUAUCUAAUGAAUCAAUUAAACAAGUCAUAAACAAAAUUUUCCCUAAUAAUGAAGAAAAUGAAGGUAAUGUACUUCCUGAGACUGAUAAUAAUGGAAAUAAAAAUUAUGCACUUUCUCAUAUCGGUAAUGAAGAAAAUGAAGGUAAUGCAUUUCCUGAGACUGAUAAUGAAGAAAAUGGAGGUAAUGUACUUCCUGAGACUGAUAAUGAAGAAAAUGAAAGUAAUGUAUUUCCUGAGACUGAAAAUGAAGGUAAUGUACUUCCUGAGACUGAUAAUAAAGGAAAUAAAGAUUAUGCAAUUUCUCAUAUCGGUAAAGAAGAAAAUGAAGAUUAUAUAUUUCCUGAGACUGAUUAUAAAAUAGAAUACAAUAACAAUAAUGAAUCUGAAGAAAGUAGGAAUAUCCUAAUCAAAGAACAAAAUAUAGAAGAAAAAAAAACAUCAUCUAGCACAGGAGGGAGAAUACUAAAUGAGGAAUUACUACAGUUAAAAGAAGUAGAGAAUGUAAAGAAAGAUGGAGAGAGAACAGAAGAGGAGAAAGAAAAGACAAAUUCAAAGGAAGACAUAAAAGAAGUUGAAGGGAAGAAUGACAUAAAAGAAGGAUAUGAAUUAAAGUGUAAUGUUCCUAAAUCUAAAGAAAAUGAGCCAAUGGAACAUAAAAUAGACAAUGAUAAUAGAGAUAUAAUUAAAAAUAAUUUGGAAUUAUCUGGAAGAGACAUUAAUGAGAUGCAUGAGUUGGAUUACUAUUGUAAUGAUGUGCCUAAAUUUGUUGAAAGAGAAUAUGUAUUUUCAAAUAAAAAAUACUACUAUAUCAAGCCUGAACCAUAUAAUAUUUUAAAAUUAAAAUGUCAAAAAAAAGAUUUCCAUGAUAAAAAUGAUUAUGAAAGGAUUCACUGUUUUUCAUCUUUUGUUGACAAUGAAUCGUUACUAAACAACAUGACUGGAAUAUCCAAUGAAUAUAUAAGGAAAAUUGAAGAAGUGAUUCCAGGUUCUUUACCUGAAUUAAAAAAUGAUGACGGUUAUGAAAGAUUGUUUAUUUCUUCUUUCGUUGAAAAUGAUAUUUCUUUAUAUUGCUACUGCCAAAAUGAAACAAAAAAUGAAAAAAAUGGUAUGAAUUCAUCAUUUUCCGUAGUAAAUAUUAUUUUUAAAAAAAACUUUAAUAAGACAAAAGGAUGUUCUUUUCAAAUUGAUGAAGUUGAUGAUUAUUACAAAGAAUAUACACGAAGAGAAUCAUUUUUAAGCAAUACAAUAAUUCUAAAUCAAAUGAAAAACAAAAAUGAAUGUAUAGUGAAUGCCUCAAAUGAGAUUGUUGGUUUUCAAUGUGGACCUCCUUACAGAAAUAAUAAAAAUGAUAAAAAAAAUUUUAAUGAAAAAAAUUAUCAAAUUUCUGAUGUAGCUACUAAACAAUAUUUAGAUGAUGAAACAAAUACCGAUAUUGGAUUUUUUAAAACUGAGCCACCUAACUGUUUUGAAUAUGUUAAUGAAAAUAAAAAUAUUCAAGAUAUUUUACCUAACACUAUUGUAUUCCCCACUUCUGACAUACUGAUUGGAGAAAUGAAAAAUUAUUAUACACGAUACAUAAAAUUAAAUGAAAAUCAUGCAGGAAAAGUAAUAUCAUGCUACUGCAAUUAUCACAGAAAAAAUGAAAUAGUAUAUUCUGGUAAAAUAACAAUAAAAGUUCAAAAAGGCGAGAACGUUCAUUUAAGUAGCGGAGGUAUCUUUAAAUCGUUACAAAAAAUUGGUAAGUCAAUGAGUGCAAAAAAAAAAAAAGAAAUGCAUAAUAAUAUAGAAAAUAGUGAAGAAGAGAACUAUGAUGAUACGAAAAAUUACAAGAAUAAUUCGGAAACUUAUCCAUCGGGUGAAUAUGAAGAAAAAGGAGAAGUUUACAUCUCUAAUAAAAGUAAAGAUAAUACAGAAAAUAAUUUAUAUGAAGAACAUGAAGAAAAAAUAGAAAAUGAUUACUUUUAUGAAAAUGGGGAAAAAAUGGAGAGCGAUGAAGAUGAUGAAUAUAAUGAAGAAGAAUAUCAUGAAGACAAUAAAAAUAGUGGAGAAGAUGAAGAUGAUGAAUCUAAUGAAGAAGAAUAUCAUGAAGACAAUAAAAAUAGUGGAGAAGAUGAAGAUGAAGAUGAUGACGAAGAUGAAGAUGAUAACUACAUGAAUUUGGAUUUAAAUGAAAAGGAUGAUGAUAUAAGUACAAAAGUGAAAGAAAUAAAAAAAAGUAUUAAUGCACAAAAUAGUAUAUUACAAGCGGGAGCAACCCAAAACAUGGUCGCUGUUAAUAACUCAAAAAAUGUUACUAUUGUAUUCCCAGAAAGUAAAAUCAAUAAUGAUAUCAGUGAAAAAAAUGAACUUUAUCCUAAAUAUAUUUCAUUAAAAUAUGAAGAAAGGGUUGAUGAAAAAGAAGUAAUAAAUAAAAUUUUCACAAUGCAAAAGGAAUUUUUUCCUCCUCUAAGAGGGUUAAAAACUAAAGAUGAAAUUAAAGAAUCUAAAGAAAAGGAUGAAUUAAAAAGAUUAAAAUAA